AUGGAGAUAAAGUUUUUUCUAGCUUCCAUUUUCCUUGCUAUGAUAUUUGGCCUUGCUACAAGCAUCGAAUUCACCGAAAAAGACUUGGCUUCGGACGAGAGCCUGUGGGGUUUGUACGAAAGAUGGAGGAGCCACCAUACAGUUACACGCGAUCUAGCUGAGAAAAAAACCCGUUUUAACGUGUUCAAAUCAAACGUGCACCACAUUCACAAGGUGAACCAGAUGGAUCGGCCUUACAAACUGAAGCUCAACCGAUUUGCCGAUAUGACUAACAACGAAUUUAGAAACUUUUACAGCUCGAAAAUCAAACACCAUCGUAUGUUUCGUGGGCCCAAGGCUAGCACGACUUUCAUGCACGAGAAAGUCGAUAACUUGCCAGCCUCAGUUGAUUGGAGACAGCAAGGGGCUGUCACUAGCAUCAAGGAUCAAGGAAAUUGUGUGCCUCUAUCCGAGCAAGAACUGGUCGACUGUGAGAAGGAUAACGAGGGCUGCAAUGGAGGACUCAUGGAGAAUGCAUACGAGUUCAUAAAAAAUAAAGGCGGCAUCACGACCGAGACUGUAUAUCCAUACAAAGCUCAAGAUAUGAACUGUGAUGCAGCCAAGCUGAAUGCGCCAGUGGUGAAGAUCGACGGGUAUGAAAAUGUGCCAGCAAAUGAUGAGAGUGCACUAAUGAAAGCUGUUGCUAACCAGCCUGUAUCUGUAGCCAUCGAUGCUAGUGGCUCUGAUAUGCAGUUUUACUCAGAGGGGGUUUUCACCGGAGACUGUGGCACGGAGCUCGAUCAUGGGGUGGCUGUUGUGGGAUAUGGAGAAACUUUGGAUGGGACUAAAUAUUGGACGGUUAAAAAUUCUUGGGGGACUCAAUGGGGAGAAAAAGGCUACAUUAGGUUUCAACGUGGUGUGGAUGCAAAGGAAGGAUUGUGUGGGAUAGCUAUGGAGGCCUCUUAUCCGAUCAAGUCAUCGGCUGAUAACCCUCAGCCACUACCACCAAAAGACGAGCUCUGAGUGUGGGAAGAAAAUCAUGUAAUUUGUGUUAGUUUGAGGGAAUAAAAAGCGGGCAUCGAGUAAAAGUAGAUCAUGUAAUUUGCUAUCAAGAUACUAAUAAAUCUGAAAUAUUUCGACUAAUAGUUCAUAUUACUAACUUUUUCGAUAAAAAUGGGGCAUAGUAAAAUUGUCCCGACACCGUUUUCGACAUUGUGUGUGUUGCAAUCAAAAUUUACACAAGUCAAAAACAUAUACCAUAGGAUAAAAACAUAAUUCAAAUUUCGGAUCAUUUUCCUUCAACUAUGUAAUACAGUGGAAAUGAAUAAAGUAUUAUGAACCUGAAAAGCAGAUUUAUUCCUCGGUAGGCUGUCUGAAUAUAUCGGGUAUACCCUCCCAGUUAUGUUUCUCUCGGGCCUCCCAAUAUCCACCUAAGUACCGAUAACAACCUUCCUCAUCCUUCCGGAACCAUCUUGGAUGCCACCCUCUGUCUUGCAGCUUUCUUG